AUGUGGAGAAAGAUGAAGAUAAUUCCUGUACCCAAGAAAGCAUUUGGUGAUAAGAAUGUAAAAUUCAGACCUAUUGCAAUAACUUCACCUUUCCUCAAAACCAUGGAAAAAUUAUUAAUACUUCCACUUCAGCCUGCGAUAAAAGAGCAUACUGACCCAUACCAGUUUGCAUACAGGCGCAAAAGAAGCACUUUAGAUGCUGUUGCAGUUCUGCAUCACAACAUAUUGUUCAACUUAGAAAAGGGACGUUACUUUGCAGGUUUUGUCGUCCAAUGUUGUGAUUUGAUGAGUGUAGAAUUUACCUUGAUCCCGUCAGAAGAAAUAAGCGGCCCAUUGGGCCUAGGUGACCCUGAAAGUAAAGAAAUCACGAAGGUUGAAGAGGAGAGCAUUAUACCGGCGCUUAUGCAAGACAGAUUGAGAACGAAACAAUGCGCGAAGCUUUGGGACGGUAAGUAUUAUUCACUACUGAACAUUCCAUGUUUUCAGAAUGGUCAAACUGUACACAAAAAUACUACUGGGCAGCAAUGUACAUUUGCAAGACGGACUUUCAUAAGGCUUUAG